AAGCACUGAUGAUGCCAGUAGUAUCGAAAUAGAAUCGCAACUACGACUUUAGUCAUCUCAUUUUAUCGUAAAUGGAUAAAUUGUUAUCAAUAUUUAGAAAAAUUAAUACUUUUUGAAAUAUUGUUUAAUAAAUUUCCUUAUUUUUAUAAAGAAUUAAUAAAAUUCUUUAUUAUAUUGUUCAGUAAAAGUUUUGUAAUUAUGUCGAAUACUGCUGGAAAGAUAAUCAAAUGUAAAGCUGCUGUAGCAUGGAAAGAAAAAGAACCUCUUUCACUUGAAGAAAUUGAAGUUGCACCUCCAAAAGCUCAUGAAGUAAGAAUUAAAAUUAUAUUUGUGGCUUUAUGUCAUACAGAUGCUUAUACUUUAGAUGGAUUAGAUCCAGAAGGAAUUUUUCCUUGUAUUCUUGGUCAUGAAGGUAGUGGUAUUGUUGAAAGUGUAGGAGAAGAAGUUACAGAAUUUCAACCUGGUGACCAUGUGAUUCCAUUAUAUGUUCCUCAAUGUGGGGAUUGCAAAUUUUGUAAAUCCCCAAAAACAAAUCUAUGUAGUAAGAUCCGUACCACACAAGGCAAAGGUGUAAUGCCUGAUGGGACUUCUAGAUUUACAUGCAAAGGUCAAACUCUUGCUCAUUUCAUGGGUUGUUCUACUUUUUCUGAAUAUACUGUAGUUGCAGAUAUUUCUCUUGCUAAGAUUGAUCCUACUGCACCACUUGAUAAAGUAUCUUUGUUGGGAUGUGGAGUAUCUACUGGAUAUGGUGCUGCUUUAAAUACUGCUAAAGUAGAAUCUGGAAGUACAUGUGCUAUAUGGGGAUUAGGUGCAGUUGGAUUGGCAGUUGCAUUUGGUUGUAAAAAAGCUGGUGCCAAACGUAUUAUUGGAAUAGAUGUGAAUCCAAAUAAAUCUGAAGUUGCUAAAAAAUUUGGAUGUACCGAAUUUAUUAAUCCUAAAGAUUACAAUAAACCAAUUCAGGAAGUCCUAAUAGAACUAACUGAUGGUGGAUUAGAUUAUACUUUUGAAUGUGUUGGUAAUGUGAAUACUAUGAGAGCUGCAUUAGAAUCUUGUCAUAAAGGUUGGGGUACAUCCGUUAUUGUAGGUGUAGCUGCAGCGGGUCAAGAAAUCAGUACUCGUCCAUUUCAGUUGGUAACAGGACGUGUAUGGAAAGGAACUGCAUUUGGUGGUUGGAAAUCUAAAGAAAGUGUUCCUAAAUUGGUGAAAGAAUAUAUGUCAAAAUCAUUAAUACUUGAUGAAUUUGUUACACAUACUCUACCCUUUGAAAAGAUAAAUGAAGGUUUUGAUUUAUUGCACUCAGGCAAUUGUUUAAGAGCUGUGCUCAAAUAUUAAAAAGCAUAUAAAUUCUUAUAAGUUUUUAUAUCAUUUAUAUUUUAACUAAAACAUUUGUAAAACAUUUUACAUAUAAAUAAAGAUAAUAUAUUUCCUUAUAAAUAUAAUUUUUUAUUCCUGUAAUUAAUUAGGUUCGAAGUGAUUGUAGUCUUCAGAUUUCUACAACAAUCUUUAUUCAUAAAGAAUUCUUACAGCCACAUGUACAAUACCAAUUUGGUGAAAUAUUAAUAGUAGCUCUGGAAUGAAGUAAAAAUUCUUUACGCUUUGACCAAGUGCAUACCUUACAAAAUCAUCACGGUACGAAGAUCAUAGACGAUGAUUUUUCAUUGUAUAUAAUUAUGUAUAUACAAUAUGCAAGACUUUUGGUAAAACUAUUUAUGUUUGUUUGAAGUUAAUAUAUUUGUUAAUCUAGGUCGACGGUAAUAAUUCAGGCGGAAUAUAAAUUGCGCUCAACGUAGCAAAGAGUAUACACGUUAAUUAAUUUAUUUCGCGGACGAGGUUCCCGUACACCAAAUGUUCAAUGGCACGGAGAGUUUCUAUGAAUUCUUAUUGUAUGUUAUUUUAAAUCUCUGAAAAUGAUGUGGCCACCUAUCAUGUUAAUUGUUAAAAUGCAAAAUUUACUCUCAAACAGUUUAUGCAGAAUAAUAAAACGGAAAAAUUUAGUUUCGGUGUAAAUAUGUUUUACUGAUAGUUUCUAUUUGAUAUAUUAAUAUUAUCGAUCAAGUAUUUGUAAAAAA